UAUCUUCGAAUAAAUUAGAUGUUUUUCCCGUUGGUUUAAGGGCUCAAGGUAAACUUUUUAGUAUAUAUCAAGGAUGUUUUUUAGUAGUUUCUUUCUAGAGAUACAUAAUUCUGGUACCUUCUUGUUGUUCUUGUUGUCUGGGGUUGGCGUGUUUGUUGGAAGAAGGAGAGUGAAAGAGUCCCUUGGCUGGGAUAGGUUUGCCUUAGAUCCGGGAAACUCAACUUGUAUAUGUACCAAAAAGUUUACCUUUUUAGGGCUUCCCCAGAUAUUAUCUGUGCUUUUUUGUGUUUCAUCCUAGUUUCUUUACCAUGACAACUUUUACUUCUUUUUUUAUAACAGAUAUAGCUUUGAAUUUGGAUUUUCAUAUUUUCCUUUAUAAUUACCUUGAUUACUUCUUGAAUUUUGAUUAAAUAUAAGGGUUGAUCCGUGGUGCUUAUUCACCAGAUCUGGCUAGUCAUAUCUUCAUUUCUGUCGCGUUUAACUCGUGCCCCCUCUUAAAGCUUUAAUCUAGGUGGUUUACUGUUUCUUCACUGCUCUGUACAUUUGUUAUGAAAAGAUUUGUAGGGUCGUUGAGAUUCAGUGCAAUGGAGAAAGUAUUGAUAGAACCCAAUGACUUGAUCCCAAGUUUUUUGCUGGAUGGUGAUAGUUGAAGAUGAAUGGUAAAUUGUGGUUCAUGCUUUAGAGAUUUUAAGUGGUAAUAAUUUGUGGAUUUGAGGCGAGAAUUGAUGGAAAAUAUGUCUCCGGCAGUUGCAGUAGCCCUUAGUUUAGGUAAAUCUAUGUGUCAGAACUCUGGAAUCGCAGCCCAUGUGGAAAUCGCAGCGAUAAAGCUAGUAACUGAUGCAGCGAACUUGUUGUCCAAUUCUGCAAAGGUCAUUUCACAGGAAUCUAAUUCUAGCAGCUGUGGAAAUUGUGAACAAGGUAAGAACAGCUUUAACAUGGUGGCAGUGUCAGAGGGUGUUGGGGCAGGAGCUGAUUUGUCGAAGAUGUUACCCAAGAACCAAAAUAGAUCAAUUGCUGCUAGUGAAUUGAUGGCUCAUGAAAGUGAGGAAGAUGGAAUUUUUUCAGUGGACACUAAUGGAAUUAUAAAUGAGGGGUUGCUGGUUCUAACUGCAGGUUCUGAUAUAAGCUUGCCAAAUGCGGAAAUUGGAAGUGGCCGAAUUCUCGCUAAGGCUAUUAUUUUGGGGGAGUCAACCGUCGAGCAGGUGCCUACAGCUGAAGUUAUUCUUACAGCAGUUAGUCCCGAUGCAAAGAUUUCUGAUGGGUUUGAUUUAAAGGCCUCCGAAGUGGUGAUUCAGCUUCCGAGUGAAAAGAAUCUCAAUAGAGGUAACCGGAGUGUUUUUGAGUUGGAUUGUAUACCCCUUUGGGGAUCGGUGUCUAUUAUCGGAAAGAGAACGGAAAUGGAAGAUGCUGUUGCUGCUAUGCCUUGGUUUAUAAAGAUUCCUAUCAAAAUGCUUAUUGGUGAUCGUGUUUUCGGUGGAAUCAGCAAAAAUCUGACUGACCUUACUGGACACUUUUUCGGUGUUUAUGACGGCCAUAGUGGCUUGCAGGUGGCAAAUUAUUGUCGUGAUCGUAUCCAUGUGGCUUUGGCAGAAGAGAUUGGAAGCAUUAAAGACAAUUUAUGCGAUGACACUAGCAAGGAAAGUCGACAAGUGCAAUGGGAAAAUACAUUUACUAGUUGCUUUUUAAAGGUUGACGAUGAGAUUGGAGGAAAAGUUACCGGAGGCAACGGAGAUGUUUCUGGUGCUAGUUUCGAAUCCAUUGCCCCUGAAACUGUUGGGUCAACUGCUGUGGUGGCCUUGGUUUGUUCAUCGCAUAUUGUGGUCGCCAAUUGUGGUGAUUCAAGAGCAGUCUUGUGCCGGGGCAAAGAAGCCAUGGCAUUGUCAAGUGAUCAUAAACCAAAUAGAGAAGACGAGUAUGCAAGGAUUGAGGCAUCGGGAGGCAAGGUUAUACAGUGGAAGGGACAUCGUGUAUUUGGCGUUCUUGCAAUGUCAAGGUCCAUUGGUGAUAGAUAUUUGAAACCGUGGAUUAUCCCAGAACCGGAAGUUACGUUUAUUCCUCGAGCUAGAGAAGAUGAAUGUUUGAUUUUGGCCAGUGAUGGUUUGUGGGAUGUGAUAUCAAAUGAGGAAGCUUGUGAGGUGGCUCGACGGCGAAUUCUGCUCUGGCACAAAAAGAACGCGGUCCUGUCUGGAGUCGAAAGAGGCAAAGGAAUCGACCCAGCCUCGCAGGCUGCAGCCGAAUACCUUUCGAUGCUGGCCAUCCAAAAAGGUAGCAGUGACAACAUCUCUGUAAUUGUUGUAGACUUGAAAGCUCAGAGGAAGUUCAAGAGCAAAUCAUAAUCAAAGUCUCUGCCCUCAGUCAUCAAAAAUCAAAAGUCUAUAAUAACUGACAUGUUAGAGAGUAGUAAUGAAAUUCAUAGCUCCGGUCCAUUAAUUUUUCUUGUGGGCUUAAUGUGUGUACAAGAACAGAAAUUAAUAUUGUAUUAUAGCAAGUGUUUUUGACUGCA